AUGGAUGCCCCCACCGCGGCUGCUUGUACUGCUGAAUUCAGUGCCAACAAGGCCGCCACCGCGGCCAUGCUCAUUCAACACAUGGCCACCAAAUUCGCCAAAGCAUGCGACAACCUUAUCAUUGCCAAGGCCGACCAGGCUGUGCCUGCGAACAAGAAAUGCGCUGCUGAACACAACGAUCUCGACAAAGGCUCCCUCGUCAUGCUCUCAACCUACCACCACUGCCACGAGUACGUCUCCACCGGCGAAGACCGUGUGGCGAAGUUCUUCCCCCAUUGGGGUAGACCUUACCGCGUCACCCAAGCUCACCCCGAAUUAUCCACCUACACCCUCGAAAUCCCCAAAGCCGUGCUGAAGGCCUGCCUCACCUUCCACUCGAGUCUUGUCAAGCCAUACAUUGAGCCCAACCCAAACCUCGUGCCAGACCACACCUUACCCUGCCCCGGACCUGAUGCCAAUAGCGAGCACAUUGUAUGUGACAUCAUUGCAGAGCGACGCCGCAGCUGUGGCAAACAGUACAAGGUUCGCUGGGAAGGUUAUGGUGACACGGACAUGGAAUGGCUUCCGGGCUCCGUGCUCAAGAACAACACUGUUCUCGAUGCCUGGGAAGCACACCAGUGUGACCUCAAACUCAACAACACCGUCCACGACCAACAGGACGAUGCGCCCGUGGCCACUGUCUUCCUCGACUGCUUCUACCCACCCUGUCUCAUUCUCAAAUAA